CCAGCAGUGGCAUUCACAAGUUUGUGAGGGCAUGUGAAACAGGUGAAAGUAUUUCCUCUAUGGUCACUAUUGCCAUACCUGCAGUCUGCUUCCAAAAAUACCAUUGCUGGCAUUUUCUUGUUUGCUUUUGCUUCCUUAAACGGAUCGAAUGAGUCGAGUCUGUAUUGUUGUUUUGGAGGAGGAGGAAGAUGAUUCUCCCACAUUUAUUUCCAGUUUACCUCAGGAAAAUAUAUCUGUACAUCCAUCGCCCUCUGAAAAUGUGCUGCCACCAUUGGUUCAAGCUAUAUUUAAUGGAGAUCCUGAUGAAGUUCGAGCACUAAUAUUUAAGAAAGAAGAUGUUAAUUUUCAGGAUAAUGAAAAAAGGACCCCUUUACAUGCUGCUGCCUAUCUGGGAGAUGCAGAAAUUAUUGAACUACUUAUUUUAUCUGGAGCUAGAGUUAAUGCCAAAGACAGCAAAUGGUUGACUCCUUUACACAGAGCUGUAGCAUCUUGUAGUGAGGAUGCUGUUCAGGUGUUGUUAAAGCAUUCAGCAGAUGUCAAUGCUCGUGAUAAAAACUGGCAGACACCCCUGCACAUAGCAGCUGCAAACAAAGCUGUGAAGUGUGCUGAAGCUUUGGUGCCUCUCCUAAGCAAUGUAAAUGUGUCUGAUCGAGCAGGCAGAACUGCAUUGCAUCAUGCAGCCUUCAGUGGACACGUUGAGAUGGUCAGCUUACUGUUGUCUAGAGGGGCCAAUAUUAAUGCAUUUGACAAGAAAGACAGACGAGCUAUACAUUGGGCAGCAUAUAUGGGUCAUAUUGAAGUUGUGAAAUUACUCGUGACCCAUACAGCUGAAGUGACAUGCAAAGACAAGAAGUCAUAUACACCCUUACAUGCUGCAGCAUCUAGUGGGAUGAUUAGUGUAGUCAAAUAUCUUCUGGAUCUUGGAGUUGAUAUGAAUGAGCCAAAUGCCUAUGGAAAUACUCCUCUCCAUGUAGCUUGUUACAAUGGGCAAGAUGUUGUAGUGAAUGAACUCAUAGACUGUGGUGCUAAUGUCAAUCAAGUGAAUGAGAAGGGGUUUACACCUUUGCACUUUGCUGCUGCAUCAACACAUGGAGCAUUGUGUUUAGAGCUCUUGGUCUGCAAUGGAGCAGAUGUAAAUAUAAAGAGUAAAGAUGGGAAAACACCUUUGCACAUGACAGCAAUCCAUGGUAGAUUUUCAAGAUCCCAAAUCAUCAUUCAAAAUGGAGCUGAAAUAGACUGUGAAGAUAAGAAUGGAAAUACCCCUUUGCACAUAGCAGCUAGAUAUGGCCAUGAGCUAUUAAUCAACACUCUGAUUACGAGUGGUGCUGACACUGCAAAGCGGGGUAUACAUGGAAUGUUUCCUCUCCAUUUGGCAGCAUUAAGUGGAUUUUCAGACUGCUGCAGAAAGCUCCUCUCAUCAGGUUUUGACAUUGACACACCAGAUGACUUUGGCAGGACUUGUCUUCAUGCAGCUGCAGCUGGAGGGAAUUUGGAGUGCCUAAAUCUUCUGCUAAAUACUGGUGCAGACUUCAACAAAAAGGACAGAUUUGGAAGAACUCCACUCCAUUAUGCUGCUGCCAAUUGUAAUUAUCAGUGCCUGUUUGCCCUUGUGGGAUCUGGAGCUAGUGUGAAUGACCUUGAUGAGAGGGGUUGUACACCUCUGCACUAUGCAGCUGCAUCAGACACAGAUGGGAAGUGCCUGGAAUACUUGCUAAGAAACGAUGCCAACCCUGGGAUCCGAGACAAACAAGGAUACAAUGCAGUUCAUUAUUCAGCUGCCUACGGUCAUCGCUUAUGUCUUGAACUGAUUGCAAGCGAAACACCUCUAGAUGUUCUGAUGGAAACAUCAGGUACUGACAUGCUGAAUGACUCAGACAACAGAGCACCCAUAAGUCCACUGCAUUUAGCUGCCUAUCAUGGCCACCAUCAAGCUCUGGAAGUACUGGUACAGUCACUGCUGGACCUGGAUGUGAGGAAUAACAAUGGAAGGACACCACUGGAUCUUGCUGCCUUUAAGGGACACGUGGAAUGUGUAGAUGUGCUCAUUAAUCAGGGAGCAUCAAUCUUGGUAAAAGAUUAUGUUGUAAAGAGGACCCCAAUUCAUGCUGCAGCCACAAAUGGUCAUUCAGAAUGUUUGCGGCUAUUGAUAGGAAAUGCAGAACCACAGAAUGCAGUGGACAUUCAAGAUGGAAAUGGACAGACUCCUCUGAUGUUGUCAGUUCUCAAUGGGCACACCGACUGUGUUUAUUCACUCCUUAACAAAGGAGCCAAUGUAGAUGCCAAAGAUAAGUGGGGAAGGACAGCAUUACAUAGAGGGGCAGUUACUGGGCACGAGGAAUGUGUGGAAGCAUUGCUACAACAUGGUGCUAAGUCCUUGCUACGAGACUGUAGGGGACGGACCCCCAUCCACUUGUCAGCUGCCUGUGGCCACAUAGGUGUGCUGGGAGCUCUCCUGCAGUCAGCCUCCUCUGUGGAUGCAGCACCUGCACUGGCAGACAAUCACGGCUAUACAUCACUGCACUGGGCCUGCUAUAAUGGUCACGACAGUUGUGUAGAGCUGCUCCUGGAACAGGAAGUUUUUCAGAAAAUGGAAGGAAAUUCUUUCAGUCCCUUGCAUUGUGCUGUGAUAAAUGACAAUGAAGGUGCUGCAGAAAUGUUAAUUGAUACACUAGGUGUUGGUAUUGUAAAUUCAACAGAUUCAAAAGGAAGAACUCCUCUGCAUGCAGCAGCUUUUACAGAUCACGUUGAGUGUCUACAGCUUCUGCUUGGUCACAGUGCUCAAGUAAAUGCUGUAGAUUCUUCUGGGAAAACACCUUUAAUGAUGGCUGCAGAAAAUGGACAGACGAAUACAGUUGAGGUGCUGGUUAGCAGUGCUAAGGCUGAUCUGACUUUGCAAGACAGUUCUAAGAACACAGCACUCCAUUUGGCUUGCAGCAAGGGUCAUGAAACUAGUGCCUUGUUAAUCCUGGAGAAGAUUACAGAUAGAAACCUCAUCAAUGCCACCAAUGCAGCCUUGCAAACACCUCUGCAUGUUGCUGCUCGAAAUGGACUAACGGUUGUAGUUCAAGAGCUUUUAGGGAAGGGAGCAAGUGUACUUGCUGUAGAUGAAAAUGGUUACACGCCGGCGCUGGCCUGCGCGCCCAACAAGGACGUGGCCGAUUGCCUGGCUCUCAUCCUGGCCACCAUGAUGCCUGUUUCAUCGAGCAGCACAUUGCCCUCCCUCACCUUCAAUGCCAUUAAUCAUUACACCAACACCUCAAAAACUGUCACCUUCGACUCCUUGCCAAUCAUGAGGAGCGAGCACAGCUCCUACUGUACUUUCAACAACAUUGGCAGGGAAGGUGGCUACCCCUACACAGAAGAAGACGAGCUCAAUGACUCAGAUUCUGAGACCUAUUAGAAGAUACUUUUUGUAGGUCUGAGUGAACCCUCACGCUGGAAGGUCAGACUCACGCUAUCGGAGAGCUGUUGCUGUUUGAAUACAGAAGGAGGACACACCUUUGAGAAGAUGUUUUUUAUUGUGGUUGCAUAUAAAAAAAAAAUCUGUGAGACUCUAGGAAGAUUUUUAAGAGCAUAUUUUACAGAAGAAGCAUAAAUUCUUGAAUAAGUACUUGGAAUCCAUGGCAAAAAAAAAAAAAAAAAAGAAUGUCAAAACUGUUUUAUUUAACUGUAUUCCAUCAUUCUGUUUUUGGUGCCAGGAGUAAUUCCUGCAGACUGGGCACCCAACUUGGUGUAAAUGAACAACACUAUUGUACAAGACAAAGGAUGCUAGAUUCAAAUGCUCUCAAUAAACCUAAAACCAUUUUGAAGGCAAUAAAUGAGUUUGGUACAGUAGGCAUUGUUUGUGCUGCAAAUUGCCAAAGGACCAAAUAACUUAAAGAUUUUUUUAAUUAUGUUUUUGUGAAAACUGGAAUAGGUUAUUUGAGAAGUUAUUUCAACCAAACCUUAAUUACUUCUGGAAAAGAAGCUUAAAUUUGGGUUUAAAUGUUGAAUUUUAUUUUUUUUUUAAUCAUCUGAAAGCCUUCCGACACUAUUAAAUGUACCAUGACAGAAAGCAGAUGUGCUUUUAAGUUUUAUUUUCUUUUUCUUUUAGGUGAAAUGAAAAUUAUCUGUCACACUUUUAUAAUGCUUAAAUUAAACCAGCUAACAAGGUGAAGUCAGGGUGAAAAAUGUACAGUGUAAUAAGGGAAGGAAGGGGUGGGAGAUGUGGGAGGGAAGAAGUAAUUGUUGCACAGUUACAGAUUUUUUUUUUUUAACUUUUGGGUUUUGGAUAGAAUUUUUCUUAAUUUAAAAGUACAUAAGUAACUUGGAAGCUAUGAAACUGCAUAAAAAAUUGAAUUGAUAUGUCUUGAUAACCCUGUUGUGACUAAGAGUUCAGUAAUUUAUCUGCUUCCUUACAUCAUAAAUUUGUAUGUAAGAUUAAAAUUGUAUAUCCCUGUCACUUUUUUUUUUUUUUCCUAAUCCCAGAUUUACAGAGGGGGAGGGAGGAGGGGAGGUGAAUUUAAAAGUAUAAUUCCCUAUUAGAGAAAAAAGUACAGUGUCUGGUCUGUGGGAAGAGCUGUGUAUCUUUGUUGUGCUCCAUUUAGAAAAUAAACAGCAGAAACAGGUCCCUGUAACGUAGUUCAGACUUGCCCAAUUUUUUUUUUUUAAUUUAUAACAGACUACUGUGUUUUUUUUAAUUGCCUGAUGAAUGAAAAACUGACAUAAGUAAGCUGAAGUUUUGUCUGUUAAAUAUGAAUUUACUUUAUUUGGCUCUGCUUUACCUAUAACUGUUACUUUUCAAGUGAAUUUGUUUAUGUACAUGCAAGGAAUCCUUGCGUGUCCUGGCAAAGUACAAAUAAAUUACUACAAACUGAUUCCAAUUUCAUUUUUAUCCUUUUUUUGUAUUGUGAAACUGGAAAUCUUUGAUAUUGUAAAUUAACAGCUGCCUUUCUGAACAUAGUGUGGAAACAUGGGACAAUAUUUUGAUCUAUUUGAUAAUUUUGUGGGGUUUUUGAAGAAUUAAUGAGCAUGUACAUAGAAAUAGUGACUGCUUGAAUACUGUAUUUACCUGCACUCUUUCAGUACUUCAAGAUUCCCUGUAUAUUUUACAGAGUAUAAUAAA